UGGAGAGAGAAAAAGAGAAGUAGUCAAGCAGGAUAGGCAGAAGAGGUAGUUACGUAGAAACGUGUUAGUCAAUCUACUGACGCCGAAUGGGACAUCCGUUGGAGAUAUUACAGAGUCUCGAUCAUCCUCGAGAAACGUUUUUAUCGUUAUUGUUUUUCAACCUUUUUCCUCGGUUGUCCUGUAAAUUUUCUCUCUUAUUCUUAUUCUAACGUUGUGUAUACACGGGGGAUAGAAAGAGAGAGGGAAAGAGAAAGUAAUCAAGAUCGUAUUAUUCUUCAAUUUGGAAUCAAGAUCGAAGAAUUUGAAAACAAGUGGAUCCAGGUGUAACAAUAAAAGACGAGAUGGUUGCAAAAGAUUCGAAAGUGGCCACAACAGAGCUGAUGAACCCCUACGAGAAACCACCGGCUAUGUCUACUGGUCAAUCGCUGAAAACUUUCUUUUACAAUCGUGAGACUAAUGCCUAUAUGGGUAGGACCAUCAGUAGUUGGGGAAAAAUAGGUCUGUUCUACUUGUUAUUCUACGGGAUUUUGGCAGCAUUGGUCGCUAUUUGCUUUUGGGGAUUCUUUCAAACUCUUGACCCAAGGAUACCUCGAUGGCAAUUAGAACGUUCUAUAAUUGGAACUAAUCCAGGAUUGGGUUUUAGGCCAAUGCCGCCAACAGAAAAUGUAGAGAGCACGUUAAUUUGGUACAGAGGAACAGACAGUGAAAACUUUAAACAUUGGGUCGAUUCUCUCCAGAUCUUCUUAAAGGACUACAUAACACCUGGAUCUAUUCCUGGUCUUGGUGCUAAUAUUAACAAAUGCGAUUACAAUCAACCACCACCACCUGGAAAAGUUUGCGAAGUGGACGUAAAAAAUUGGCAUCCUUGCACGAAAGAAAAUAAAUAUAAUUAUCAUAAAUCAGCACCAUGUAUUUUUCUUAAACUUAACAAGAUUUAUGGUUGGAGACCGGAUUUUUACAAUGACACGGAAUCUUUGCCAGAAAAAAUGCCUCUUGAUUUGAAAGAACAUAUCGCAACUUUAAAGGAAAAGAAUUCUUUAGUACUCAAUACAAUUUGGGUCUCUUGCGAGGGUGAAAAUCCAGCUGAUCAAGAGAAUAUAGGACCAAUUAAUUAUUUACCACGGCGAGGUUUCCCUGGUUACUUUUAUCCAUUUGAAAAUUCGGAAGGAUAUCUGAGCCCUUUGGUUGCUGUCCAUUUUGUAAGACCACGUACUGGUAUUUUAAUUAACGUGGAAUGCAAGGCAUGGGCCAAAAAUAUAAAACAUAGCCGCAACGAUAAAUUAGGUGCUGUUCACUUUGAACUGAUGAUAGAUUAAUGAUUUCAAAUGCAGAUCUUUUUUUGACGUCUUUUAAAUAUAACAUUUGCGCUGUCAAUUUUUUUAUACCUAUUAAGUUCUGCUUAGAACCUAACAAUAUGCAUUUCACUUUCAAUAACUUUUUUACGUUUUUUUUUUUCUUUACAAAUUUUUUCCUUAACGAACCGUAUACAAAAAAUGCUUAGAGUAGUGCAAAAAUAAUAUUUUAUGGAAAUAAUCGUCGUACUUGAAA